GGGCUAGGAUCGAGUGCAGGACUCGGAGGGGCGGGUCUCCGGCUGCGAAAUGGCGGGGAGUAGGGGGAUCCUGGGUGGGACGAGAAGGCCUUAUAGCUGUUCAGGAGGAGGCUUCUAGGCGCCGUGGGAUACAAGGGCAGAGGACUUGAGUAGGACUAGUCCAAGACUGAAGCGAGGAGGCUAGAGGGCUUCUGGGUGUCGGGGGUGCGGUGGGGUGGGUGUUCGGGGAGCAAGAAAAGAGGUAAUUAAGUUAACGUGGAGGGGGAAUUAAUUAUGCCUGGAAAGAAUUAAGGCGGUGAAAGGGGUCUUGGUGUGAAAAGGUAUUAGGAAACAGAUAUCCUUCAGAGGGAGAUUAGAGUUAAAGGGAGAGGUCCAGGUGUGAAGAACGGGGUUAAAUUAAUGUGAAGAGGCAUUAAACAAAAGUAAUGGUAAUGGAGUAGGGUUGGAUAACCUUUGGAAGUGUUGAGCAGCGUCUCUCUAGAAAGGAUUAUGUUCAUGGGAAAAGAAUGUCUCUGUGUCAGGCAAAUGACCUGGAGGGAGGUAGUUUUGUUGUUGUCGUUGCUUUGUUUUGUUGUUUUAAAGUACAGGUAACUAGGCCAAGGUGAAUAUGGGAUUUGGGUAUCCCAAAGAGAUCUAUGCUAGAGAGGUAUGGUUUGGGUAUUUCUGGGAUGAGAGGAGUCAGGGGUCUGGGUCACCCGUAGUAGCAGGCUGGUGAGAGGAGUUUGGGUAAAGGAAAGAGAGACCUGUCUGCUGGGUUAGAAUGGUGAUAGGGGUCUGUAUGAGAUGAAUUUGGGGGAUCUGGGUAUCCCUGAAGGGAUUCUGGGUAGUAAAAAGGGAGUUUCAAGUCAUUGUAAAGAGUGGACUGGAUAUUCCUAGACUAAAUUACUGUAUGGGGACCUUUUCGUAAAGGAGUGGCUCUUUCUGAUGAUGGAGUGGGGCUGUGGGAAUCCCUGGAAUGAGUUAGGGUUGCCAUGGGCUUUUACAUAAACAGGGGUCUGCGUUGAUAAGAGAUUUGGGCAUUCCCAGAUAGAAUGGCUGUGUAUGAAGAAGAGGGAUUUAGUAUCUGGGCAUGGUGGCACAUGCCUAUAAUCUCAGGGCAAGGCAAAAGCAGGAGAAUCACUUGAGUUCAAGGCCAGCCUGAGCUACAUAGCGAGUUCGGGGCCAGCCUUAAACUACAUAAUGAGACCCUGUCUCAAAAAAAAAAAAAAAAGAAAGAAAGAAAAGGAGACGAGGGAUUUAAAUAGAUGUGAAGGUUCCCAGAAGACAUUAGAAUUGUAGAUUUGCUCUUAGUACAGAGAAGUGAUUAACAUGAAGAGUGUCUGGGUACCCGGGAAACAUGUCAUAGGAUUAUGGAAAGGUCUAGGUAUGAAGAAAGGAUUAGGCUCUUGUGAAGAUGCAUUUAGAUAUUCUGGCUAAGGGGCUUGGCUAUUGGAAAGAGCCUUAAUUUGUUGAAAAGGUUAGGUAAUUUCAAGAGGAGGAUGUGAGUAUCAUUAGGAAGUGGUUAAUAUGGGAAAAAUUUGAAUGUGGAGAUGGGUUAGGCUGAUAUGAGAAAACUUGAUUAGGGGAAGGCUUGGUUUGAUAUGGAGAAUCUGGGCACCAGAGGGAGAGUUUGGUUUGCAGGGGUUGUGUGUAAAGGAAGAGGGGUCUUGUCAAAAGUGAAUUGGCAGCCAGGUGUGUUGGCACAUGCCUGUAAUUGCAGCACUUGAGAGGCAGAAGCAAAGAUUGCAAAGAGGUGUUUUUGUUUUUGUUUUGGAUUGCAGUGAGUUUGAGACCAGCCUGGACUACAUAGUGAGACCCUGUCUCAAAAAUGAAAACAAAACCAAAAAAAUGAAGUGGCAUUGCGUUGGGGAAGUUCAAGUGAUCUGGGUGUAAAAAUAAGUAGAACCUGGAAGAAAAACCCAGAAGCUAUGGGAAGUGUGUGACUGGGAGAAACAACUGGCAGAGGCCUAUGUGUGAACUCUCUUGGGCACCUUGGUGAGGGAAUAGGGAGAAGUUAGUAAGGAGUUAGUGGAAGAAGGUCUGAGUUCUGAGUGGAGAAGGCAGUCCUCUGUAUGGGGUAGAACUUUGGGGACCUACUGUGAGGUAUGAGAGAUGAGGGAAGUGGACAGGAUCAGGUGGGUGAUUUUUUUUUUUUUUUUUGGUACUGGGGAUCGAACUUGGGACCUUGCGCAUGUGUGGCAGGUGGCAGAACCACGGAGCUAAAUCCCUAGCCCUUAGGCCUUGAUGCUGCCAUGACUGAAGAGUCAGAAGAGACGGUCUUGUACAUUGAGCACCGUUAUGUCUGCUCUGAGUGCAACCAGCUGUAUGGAUCCCUGGAGGAGGUGCUUGUGCACCAGAACUCCCAUGUGCCCCAGCAGCACUUUGAGCUGGUGGGUGUGGCUGACCCUGGUGUUACUGUUGCCACAGAGGCAGCUUCAGGCACAGGCCUCUAUCAGACCUUAGUACAGGAGAGUCAGUACCAGUGCCUAGAGUGUGGGCAGCUGCUGAUGUCACCCAGCCAGCUCCUGGAGCACCAGGAGCUGCACCUAAAAAUGAUGGCACCCCAGGAGGCAGUGCCAGCUGAGCCACCACCCAAAGCACCCCUCUUGAGCUCCAGCACCAUCCAUUAUGAGUGUGUGGAUUGCAAGGCUCUCUUUGCCAGUCAGGAGCUCUGGCUGAGCCACCGGCAGACCCACCUCCGAACCACACCUACCAAGGCUCCUGCCCCAGUGGUCUUGGGGUCUCCAGUUGUCCUAGGUCCCCCUGUUGGCCAGGCCCGUGUGGCUGUGGAGCACUCUUACCGAAAGGCAGAAGAGGGUGGGGAAGGGGCAGCUGUCCCAUCUGCAGCUGCCACCACCACUGAAGUAGUGACUGAGGUGGAGCUGCUUCUCUAUAAGUGCUCGGAGUGUUCCCAGCUCUUCCAGCUGCCAGCUGACUUCCUGGAGCAUCAGGCUACCCACUUCCCUGCUCCUGCCCCAGAGUCAGAGGAGCCUGCCUUACAGCAAGGGACUCUGAAUCCCUCACCUGUAGAGAUACCUGUGUCUCAGUCUGACCCUCUGCCAGCCUCUGACCACAGUUAUGAACUUCGAAAUGGUGAAGCCAUCGGAAGAGAACGCCGUGGGCGCAGGGCGCGGAGGAACAACAGUGGAGAGCCAGGUGGGACAGCCACCCAGGAGCUGACCUGCUCAGCCUGUGACCAGCUCUUUCUGUCACCCCACCAGCUACAGCAGCACCUACGGAGUCACCGGGAGGGUGUCUUUAAGUGCCCUUUGUGCAGUCGUGUCUUUCCAAGCCCGUCUAGUCUGGACCAGCACCUUGGAGACCACAGUAGCGAGUCCCACUUCCUGUGUGUAGACUGUGGCUUGGCCUUUGGUACAGAGGCCCUCCUCCUGGCCCACCGGCGCGCCCACACCCCAAAUCCUCUGCAUUCCUGUCCAUGUGGAAAGACCUUUGUAAACCUCACCAAGUUCCUUUAUCACCGGCGUACCCAUGGAGCAGGGGGUGUCCCUCUGCCCACAACACCUGUCCCACCAGAGGAGCCUGUCAUCAGUUUUCCUGAGCCAGCCCCAGCAGAGACUGGAGAACCAGAGCCCCCAGAACCCCCGGUGUCUGAGGAGAGCUCAGCAGAGUCUGCUGCCUCUGGCACCUACCAUUGCCUCUUGUGCAGCCGUGAAUUUGGCAAAGCAUUGCAGCUGACCCGGCACCAGCGUUUUGUGCACCGCUUGGAGCGGCGCCAUAAAUGCACCAUUUGUGGCAAGAUGUUCAAGAAGAAGUCUCAUGUGCGUAACCAUCUACGUACCCACACAGGAGAGCGCCCCUUCCCCUGCCCUGACUGCUCCAAGCCUUUCAAUUCACCUGCCAACCUGGCUCGUCACCGACUCACACACACAGGGGAACGGCCCUACCGAUGUGGGGACUGUGGCAAGGCUUUCACACAAAGCUCCACACUGAGGCAGCACCGCCUGGUGCAUGCCCAGCACUUCCCCUACCGCUGCCAGGAAUGUGGGGUGCGUUUUCAUCGCCCGUACCGCCUGCUCAUGCACCGCUACCACCACACAGGUGAGUAUCCCUAUAAGUGUCGUGAGUGCCCCCGCUCCUUCUUGCUGCGCCGGCUACUGGAAGUUCACCAGCUUGUGGCUCAUGCUGGGCGCCAGCCCCACCGCUGCCCAUCCUGUGGAGCUGCCUUCCCCUCUUCACUACGGCUUCGAGAGCACCGCUGUGCAGCAGCUGCUGCCCAAGCCCCACAGCGCUUUGAGUGUGGGACCUGUGGCAAGAAAGUGGGCUCAGCUGCACGGUUGCAGGCACACGAAGCAGCUCAUGCAGCUGCUGGCCCUGGAGAGGUCCUGGCUAAGGAGCCCCCAGCUCCUAGGGCCCCGAGGGCCACUCGCACACCAGUCACUGCCUCCCCAUCAGCCGUUGGAGGCACUGCCACCACAGCCCCUGCAGCUCCUGCUCGACGCCGGGGCCUAGAGUGCAGUGAGUGCAAGAAGCUGUUCAGCACAGAGACGUCAUUGCAGGUACACAGACGCAUCCACACAGGCGAGCGACCAUACCCAUGUCCAGACUGUGGUAAGGCCUUCCGUCAAAGUACUCACCUGAAAGAUCACCGGCGCCUGCACACAGGUGAGCGGCCCUUUGCCUGUGAAGUGUGUGGCAAGGCCUUUGCUAUCUCCAUGCGUCUGGCAGAGCAUCGCCGGAUCCACACUGGUGAACGGCCCUACUCCUGCCCUGACUGUGGCAAGAGCUACCGCUCCUUCUCUAACCUCUGGAAGCAUCGCAAAACCCACCAGCAGCAGCAUCAGGCAGCUGUGCAGCAGCAGCUGGCAGAGGCAGAAGCAGCUGUUGGCCUGGCUGUGAUGGAGACUGCAGUGGAAGCACUGCCUUUGGUAGAAGCCAUUGAGAUCUACCCUCUGGCUGAGGCUGAUGGGGUCCAGAUCAGUGGCUGACUACCCCAUUUUCCUCUUCUGCAACCUUACCUUGUUGCCGAAGGCCCUCUCCCUUUAACAUCUGCUUAAGCCUCUGUACAUAUUGUGCCCCUUCCUCCUCCUCUCCUACUGCCGUGUAAGUUGUAAAAUUGGAUAUAUUCUAUUUUUAGAAGGGGAUGCUGUGGGAUCCUUGUUAUGCUUAAAGGUGUCCCCUCUUCCACCUGGUGGCCCCUAAGUGAAGUCAAUAAAGACUUAAGUUGAACAUUUA